AUGUCUGAGCGCGAUCCCUCGACCACCUUCCCAGCAGGACCUCCUUCGCCCUCUUCUCCCGCUGCCGGGUUCCUCAAAGACAACCGCCAGCUCCCCGUCUCCUCGGAUCACAUCCCCCAGACCCCGACAUCGCCUCCGUUGAUGUCGGUCAGUGAUUCGAGCCAUGUAUCCAACUUUGCUCCCGCCCAAACAUCACCGACCCAGGUGACUACCCAACCACCCAACACUUCGUCUCCUCCUUCGUCCGCACCAAUGUCUACUCAGGUCUCCCAACAACCGAUCGUGAGUAUGACAAACUCUUUCCCUACUCCCGCCAGUAGCGUGAGCGGUCAACUCGCGAAUACAACCUCCGCCGAGGACGCCGACCAAAGGUCCUUCGGCUCGACAACGCAAGACUCAACGAAGACCAUGGACGUUUCGGGUCACCAAAAGCCAGAGGACAAACGAACAGAUCAUGAACGACAGCAGUCGGUAUCUACUACCGCGGCAGGUGGACGGGAUCUUGCCACGGAUCAGACAGACGGAGACGCCAUGGACGUGGAUAAAGAACCGCUCCCACAGGCCGAGACUCGAAACCUCGGCUUGGACUCCCUUCAGAAUGACUUCAGCUCGGCUUUCCAUCUUUGUAAAAAUGCUCCUACUGUGACUGGACCGAAUCCUGCAAUGGACCUCAUCUCGCUCUACGGGCUCGGCCCGAUUGCACAAUCGGUGGCACGGAUGGACCCUAACACAGGAGAGAAGAUCAAUCGUUUGCGAAAGUCGUAUGAAGGAAAGUUGAAGGGACUUGGAUUGGCUGGUCGAAACAAGCCCGUGAAGCAGGAGCCUGGCGCACCUGGCAGUCUACGGCAUCUCACUCUGUGGCCGGAAGAGGAGUGGCAAAACCAGAAGGUCGUCGGGAAGCAGAUCCAAGUUGCCGAUAUUGACAGUGCCCUGCAUGGCUUGCAAAAUCGGGCUAUGCAAUUAGAGCCGGGCAUGGUACCCAACAAUGAUUUCUGGGAAGAUGUGCUGGGUCACGAGAAGCCAGCUAAGAACCAAGGCUCCGGUGAUACUGGUAAAAAGUCUGCCAGUGCUGCACCUUCUCCAGCCCCUCGUUCUAUCCUUCGCACAACCACGCCGGCAGCGGUCACGCAGGAGUCUGAGCGGCCCCGAGCCAGUCGUGGCCGGAAGAGACAUUACGAUGACAACAGCUUCGUCGGCUACGGCGAAGGUUACGCAGAUGACGAUGAUGACACCGGUUUCUACUCGAACGGCGAGGGAACCGGCAAAAAGAAACGAAAGAAGGACCAUGUGUCCAAGGUUUCCACUCCGCUCUCUGAAAGAGGUGGAAGUUACGGUGUAGGCAUGUUCGGAAUCGGUGCCCGAUGA